AUGCCGUUUGAGGCAGGCUACGGCAGUGCGCAUGCUGCGGGGAAGGUGUAUACGGAUACGAUUGCGAUGGCAGGCAUCGAGGCGAAGGACGUCUGGAUCAGCGUGUCGGAUGACCCGUUCCUGACGAUGAACAGGGACGCUGGGCUGAUUGGUCUUUCAUGGCCGGUGCUGAGUUCGUUGUAUUCGCGCGAGACGACGUUCUACGAGGCGUUCAAGCAGCAGAAGCGUCUUAGACGGAAUGUGUACCAGUUUACGCUCAAGUCACAUGCUACGUCGCAUCUUGACGUGGGCCAUGUCAACAGGAUGAGAUUCCUGGGCCUUGUGGGCUGGGUGAGCGUGAAUCCCGAUGAUGGAUACUGGAAGACGGAUGUGAACAUCAAUGGAGACGACUACACGGGGAUUAUCGACACGGGGACGACGUUGAUUGUAGCGAGCAACGAGAAGAUGAAGAGCCUGCUGAGCAAGCUUGAUGGAGUGACGCUAAAACAAGACGAUGAAGGGAACUACCAGGGCUGGUACGACUGCAAGAAGCCGCCAAAGAUCAGCUUCCACGUUGGAGGCAAGCGUUUCACGAUGCCUCGAAAGACGAUUAAGUACUGGCAAAAUGGGAAUGAAUGCCGGCUUCCGUUUACUGGACUAGAUGGGUUUUCGGAUUGGAUCUUUGGGACGCCGUUUUUGGAGAUGGCUUCCGUCGUGUUUGACUUUGACAAUGCACGACUUGGAUUUGCGUCGCAGUCAUGGCUGCCGUGA